AUGACUUCAGGAUUCAUGUUGGAGAAUCAAACCAUAGAAUUCCCGACAACUCCAGAGGAAGAAAGACGGAUUAUUAAAGAGCUUUCGAGAAAAGCCGAUUCCGAAGUCCGGGAAGGCAGUACAUAUUAUGUCCUCUCUACUAAGUGGUAUCUCAACUGGAAGAAGUACACUGAGCAACCUGUCGGGCUUUGGCCUUCUUCCUCUCCGGGCCCAAUUGAUAACUCCGAUAUCAUUGUGUCAGAUCAAAGCAGCAAUGCGGAAGACCCUCAGCUCCGCGGGACAUUGUUAGAAAGGCGCGAUUACGUGUUAUUGUCGGAAGAAGCGUGGGGAAGGCUUUAUUCAUGGUAUGAAGGUGGACCUGUUAUAGCCAGGAAGAUGAUUGCUGUUGGAGACUCGAAGCAGUUGGUUGUUGAGAUGUUUCCUCUGUGUCUCAGGUUGAUUGAUUCCAGGGAUGAUAGUGAAUGUUUGGUAAGGUUGAGCAAGAAGGCUUCUUUAGGUGAACUUUACGAGGUUGUUUGUCGGCUCAAAGGGGUGGAUCCAGGAAAGGCAAGGAUUGUGGACUAUUUCAACAAAUGGAAACAAUCUGUUUUGGUCGCUUUAAAUGGUCGCACUUUAGAGGAUUCUGACCUGAUUAUGAAUCAACAUAUUCUCCUUGAGGUGCAUAAUGAUGAUGAUAGGAGUUGGCCUUACAGUUUUGGCACAGGCUCUAUAGGAAAUACCCUUUCAAGGAUUUUGUUUGGUGGAGAUGUGAAGGAUGAAUAUGAUAGUAUUUUUAGAAGUGUGAGAAAACCAAUUAAAAGAGGUACUGCCGGGCUUCAGAAUUUAGGCAACACUUGCUUUAUGGACAGUGCCCUUCAAUGUCUAGUUCAUACGCCGCCCAUCUCCGACUACUUCCUCAAGGAUUACACCGAUGAGAUCAACCAAGAGAAUCCCUUGGGAACGAAUGGCAAUCUCGCGCUUGCUUUUGGCGAAUUGUUGAGGGAUUUAUGGUCUUGUGAGGAGCCAGCUGUCGCGCCUCGUAUGUUUAAGGGAAUACUUGGUCGUUUUGCUCCGCAGUUCAGUGGUUACAACCAACAUGAUUCUCAGGAGCUUCUUGCCUUUCUCCUCGACGGCCUGCAUGAAGAUUUGAAUCGCAUAAAGCAGAAACCAUACAUUGAGGCCAAGGAUUAUGAUGGCCGUCCUGACGAAGAAGUAGCCGAUGAAUUGUGGAGAUAUCACAAGGCUAGGAAUGACUCCAUUAUUGUGGAUGUCUUCCAGGGCCAAUACAAAUCAACUUUGGUAUGUCCAAUUUGCAACAAAAUAUCAUACACCUUCGACCCUUUCAUGUACUUGUCGUUGCCUCUCCCGUCCACAGCAACACGAGAUAUGACUGUGACAGUUUUUCAUGGCGAUGGAAGUGGCCUCCCAGCACCUUAUACAAUCACUGUUUUGAAACAAGGCUGCUGUAAAGAUCUGAUCCAGGCUUUGGGAACUGCUUGCGAUCUAAGGACUGAUGAAUAUCUUCUUCUAGCAGAGGUGUUCCUCCACAAAAUACAUCGUUACUUUGAGGACCCUGCGGAAGAGCUGGCCACGAUAGUGGAUAGUGAUCGCAUUGUGGCCUACAGGCUUCCCAAACGGGCUUCGGACUUGACAAGACUAGAGAUAACUCACCGACUCCUACAGAAAUCUUAUGCAUUUUACGGUCCCCAUGGAAAGGAUUUGACACCCCUUGUUACUUUCUUGGAAGAUCCAGAAUCCGAUUCAGAUAUUGAUGUAGCUGUUAACAGAGUUCUGGCUCCAUUUCGACGAGAGGGAUUUUCAUGUGCCAUUGAUAAUGGUGUGUUAGGAAUCAAAUCAUCACCUCCAUUUUCCUUAACUAAUGAUAGACAAAUUGCCAGAGACACUGUUGGUCGGUUUGUGGGAAUAUCUUUGGAUUGGAAUGAGAGAGACUGUGAGUUAUAUGAUGCUGACAGCCUCAAGGACCUUCCUGAGGUUCAAAACACAGGACCUGCUUUGAAGAAACCAAAACAGGAGGAAGCCAUUUCUUUGUUUUCUUGUCUUGAUGCCUUCUUAGAAGAAGAACCAUUGGGGCCUGAUGAUAUGUGGUAUUGUCCCAAUUGCAAGGAACACAGACAAGCCACUAAGAAAUUGGACCUCUGGAGGUUACCUGAGGUAUUGGUCUUCCAUUUGAAGAGGUUCUCUUAUAGCCGAUGGCUCAAGAACAAACUCGAGACUUUAGUGGACUUUCCAAUUCGCAAUCUUGAUUUAAGCGAUUAUGUAAAAGGUAGGGAUUCAGGCGAAAGAUCUAACGUCUACGAGUUGUAUGCCGUCAGUAAUCAUUCUGGUAGGCUAGGUGGCGGACACUACACUGCUAACUGCCGGUUGAUUGAAGGCAGGGGAUGGUACGAAUUCAACGAUCAUUUGGUUUCUUCCAUCAAAGAAAAGGAGAUCAAGACAUCGGAAGCUUAUGUCCUGUUCUACCGGAGAAAAACAAGCAAUGCAUCUAAAGGAACAACACAACAGCAUAAGGGUAGGAGGGUGAAGAAAGAUGGAAGGGUGAAGAAGAGGCUGAAGAAAUAUUUGGGUGUAAAGCUAGGCAGCCUUUUUUAG